AGGGCUGCUGUCACUGAUUCAACAAAUAUUGGUGGGGGGAGGGCUGUGGCUGCUGGGACUGGGUGUGACAGGAAGCAUCGGGGGCAUGUGGUUGAUGGCCAGGUCAGACCUGGAGCUAGAAGGAGAGAGGAGAUCUCAAGUAACACUGCAGACUCAAGGAGCGUGGGGAGGGUGGCGCCACACUGUUUCUGGCUGUGGCGGUGGACAAGACAAGGGCUGUCGUACUAGGGCUCAUCUAGUGGGAGGUGAUGGACAGAUAAUCGAGUACACACAUGCUGAGCAAUCAGGCAGUGCUUGGGCCAGGAAGAAGAGUGAGUGAGCAGGGUUAGGGUAGCAGCUGGUGGAGGGAACCAUAAGCUGGUCUGGGAAGGCAUCUCUGAGAUGGUGAUAUCUGAGCUGGACCUGGACCAGGUGAGACUCAGCCUUAUAGAAGUCAGUCCCCUCCACAUCUCUCUGCCACAGCCCCAGCCGUUCUCUGUCCUCCCCCCACCCCCAGGCAGGGCAUCUUGGGCAGAAGGCACAGACAGUGCCAGGGUUCUGCAUGGGGACCAGCUGCGGUGUGGGAGCCCAGUGUAGACAGGAGCAGAGGAGGGGACAGGCCAGGCUGUGCAGGGCCCCUGGGAUGUUGCAGCGUGUGGGUGGGCCUCGUGCAGAGGAGUGGUGCUUGCUGGCUUUGGAGAGUCCGUGACGGGUCCGGGUGGGGUGUCUCGGGAAAUGCUGAUUUUAUGGAAAGAUCUAAACAUCAGUUGGGGCCAGGGUGGGUGUAUGUGAGUCAUCUCCUUUUCAGCUUGAGGUUUUUGGCUGUGGGGGUGACUAGAGAGAGGCGGGGAUGGCAGGAAGCAGGUCCCAGAGGCCUCGGGACACUUGUAGGGGGCCGCCUGUGUGUCUGAGUGGAGCCAGAGGAGUGAGGGGCCUGAACUGAGAGCCUGGACCCCUAGAAGCUUCCAUGGACCUAGAGCUCAGAUGAUUUGAACUACUGGGGUAGGUUGGGAGGAGCGAGACGGAGGAGUUGAGCAAGUUGGGAGAAGGGACUUCUCUGUGCAGCACCCAUCUCCAGGCCACCGCACGCUAAGUAGAUUAUGGAACCGUCUGCCACGUGGGUCAUUCCAGCAGGGCAGAGAGGGGAUUAAAUGAGCAUAACCUGGGCCCGGUGUGCUGAGGCGCCCAGGGUAACAAUGGGGUGACGUGGGAUGCGUUGCCUGAGCAUCCAUGAGCCUCUUGGGUUUGCGAAAAGGGGAUCUUGAGACCUCCCCAAGAGCCCAUUCAGAGGGGUGAACCAGCUGAGCUGGGGCACGCUCCCAGCAGGGGCCUGUCACACAGCAGGCUCUGCUGGGAGGGAGGAAGGGAGGGGAGGGCAUGACACCCUUCGGGUCUCAUUAACUCCUGAUGAUGUCAGCGUGCCUGCACACGUGGCAGGGCUGCUGUUACCCACUUUAAGGAUGAGGAUGCUGAGGCCCAGCUGGGGCAGGACUUGCCCAAAGGGGCAGAGCUCAAAGCAGACCUGGCAUCUCCUGCCUCCAGGGGCUCUUCUGCCCAUAACAGAACCUUCUGGUGGCCAUGGGUGGCCCUGGGAAACAGGCAUCUUGGCCCACGGUGUCUGAUGGGGCAGGUGGCAGAAGCUGGGGUGGGGCAGAAGCUUUUCCAUCGGACACCACAUCCGCCCUGCUGGCCGUCCUGGGAGGACACUUGUGUCCCUGGGUCACUCGGCAGGGAGAAGGCCCCCAGAGAGAAGCCCAACCAGCCGACUCUCAGGCAGCCCCGCCAGGGACCCACCGAUGAGGCGCAGAUGGCAGCUGCCGCUGCCCUGGCACGGCUAGAGCAGAAGCAGCCCAGGGCACGGGGCCCCAUGUCGCAGGACUCUAUCCGGAACCAGGUGAGAAAGGAACUUCGAGCCGAAGCCACCGUCAGCGGGAGCCCCGAGGUUCCAGGGAUCAAUGUGGUACCUGAGCCCAAAGAAGAGGGCUCGACCCACCUGGCAGUGCCUGGUGUGUACUUCACCUGCCCGCUCACUGGGGCCACCUUGAGGAAGGACCAGCGGGAUGCCCACAUAAAAGAGGCCAUUCUCUCGCACUUUGCCACCGACCCAGUGGCCGCCUCCAUCAUGAAGAUCCACACGUUCAACAAGGACCGCGACAGAGUGAAGCUGGGCGUGGACACCAUUGCCAAGUACUUGGACAACAUCCACCUGCAUCCAGAGGAGGAGAAGUACCGGAAGAUCAAGCUACAGAACAAGGUGUUCCAGGAGCGCAUUAACUGCCUGGAAGGGGCCCAUGAGUUUUUUGAGGCCAUCGGGUUCCAGAAGGUGAUGCUUCCAGUUGCCGACAAGGAGGGCCCUGAGGAGUUCUACGUGCUGAGCGAGGCCGUGCUGGCCCAGCCCCAGAGCCUGGAGAGGCACAGGGAGCGGCUGUUGGCCACCGAGCCCGUGCGCGCCACCCUGCACCGGCAGCGCCGCAUCUUCCGGCCAUCGCCCCUGGCCUCGCAGUUCGACCUGCCCGGGGACUUCUUCAACCUCACGGCAGAGGAGAUCAAACGGGAGCAGAGGCUCAGGUCCGAUGCGGUGGAGCGGCUGAGCGUGCUGCGGACCAAGGCCAUGCGGGAGAAGGAGGAGCAGCGGGAGCUGCGCAAAUACACCUAUGCGCUACUGCGCGUGCGCCUGCCCGAUGGCUGCCUGCUGCAGGGGACCUUUUACGCCCGGGAGCGGAUGGCGGCGGUCUAUGGGUUCGUCCGUGAGGCCUUGCUCAACGACUGGCUGCCUUUCGAGCUCCUGGCCUCGGGAGGGCAGAAGCUGUUAGAGGACGAGAACCUGGCCUUGAACGAGUGUGGGCUGGUGCCCUCGGCCCUCCUGACAUUCUCGUGGGACACGGCCGUGCUAGAGGACGUCAAGGCUGCAGGGGCCAAACCUGACUCAUCCAUCCUGAAGCCUGAGCUGCUGUUGGCCAUCGAGAAGCUCUCGUGAAAUAAAAGCAGGGUUGGCCUCA